CCAUCUCCUCUACAUAUUUCAACUCCGAAGCACCUGCAUCCUUCCCUCUGAAAGCAAAGCAAAUCAGACAGUCUGCACAGACAUCCAAACGGCUCUAGCUCUCGCUAUUCUGUUGCAGCCAUCUUCUGUUAUUCUGUGCCCACGCACAAAGAGGUCAAGCUCUGCCGGCCAUUUCUUCCACAAAAAUUCCUGCAGAAGAGUCCACAGAUGAUGCUUUCCAUGCAUAGAUUUUUCAAGUUCAGAUCGGUAGCUGCCUUCCUCCUCUCCUUUUAAGUGCAAUAGAAUGAACUAUCAAGAUCUGAUCAGCACAACCUGAGAGAAACAAGGGUGAUAUGAUAGGUACAUAGUCCGCACUAGAGCUCUCUAUCUUCAUUUCUUUUUCAGGUGACAGCAAGGGUGAUAUGAUCGGUACAUACAUAUAUUCUCUCCUCCAGUAAUUAUCGAUCCGUCGUUUAUUCCUUCAUUUCUUCCUCUCUGCGUAUAUCAAGCGUGCCGUCUUGUCACAGUUCACAGUCAAAAGCUAGGGACAUUCUGGCAUAUAUAGCAUAAUUGGUGCGCAAUUAACGUGAUCCAUCGUCACCGAUGGAUAAGAAUAGAAUUCCACUUUAAUUUGCACCUCAUCUCCUCUCCUCUGCAGGCAUCCUGUUCUAGCUAUCACUCAACGGAUCAAAUCUAUGAGUGCACGGCCCUGCUGCUUCGACGCUGCGCGCCACACGGGGGCUGCCUCCGCCUCCGCCUCCUGGGCGUCCAUGUCCAUGGCGCCGUGGAUCGUCGUCGACUGCUCCAGGCUCAGCUGGCUCCUCUUCCGCGUCUUCACCUUCGACAACCACGACGGCGGCAAGCCAACGAUGGCAUCGAUCUCCUGAUUAUUUUGCUUCCAUAUAGCUAGUCUCUUUCUUCUGUUUGGUGCAACCAAGUAAAGCCCCGCCCGCGCGCUCUCGAGCAUGUGGUGCAGCAGCCGGCGGCCGGAGAUCAGGCCGGCGGUGAUGGGGGACAGCAGCAACGGAUACGUCGAGACCGACCCCACCGGUCGCUAUGGCCGGUUCGACGAGCUGCUGGGCAAAGGAGCAAUGAAGUCGGUGUACCGGGGUUUCGACGAGGAGCGCGGCGUGGAGGUUGCAUGGAACCAAGCGAGCCUCCGCGACGUGCUGCGGACGCCGGACGCGGUGCAGCGCAUCUACUCGGAGGUGCAGCUGCUGAGCACGCUCCGCCACGACGCCAUCAUCGUCUUCCACGCCUCCUGGGUGGACGUCCCCCGCCGCACCUUCAACUUCAUCACCGAGCUCUUCUCCUCCGGCACCCUCCGCUCGUACCGCCUCCGGUACCCGCGCGUGAGCCUCCGCGCCGUCCGCUCGUGGGCGCGCCAGAUCCUGCGGGGGCUCGCCUACCUCCACGCCCACGACCCGCCCGUCAUCCACCGCGACCUCAAGUGCGACAACCUCUUCGUCAACGGCCACCAGGGACAGGUCAAGAUCGGCGACCUCGGCCUCGCCGCCGUCCUCCGCGAGGCGGGGCAGGCCGCGCACAGCGUCAUCGGCACGCCCGAGUUCAUGGCCCCCGAGAUGUACGACGAGGAGUACAACGAGCUCGUGGACGUCUACUCCUUCGGCAUGUGCAUGCUCGAGAUGCUCACCACCGAGUACCCCUACAGCGAGUGCUCCAACCCCGCGCAGAUCUACAAGAAGGUCACCGCCGGCAAGCUACCCGAUGCAUUUUACCGGGUGGACGACCACGAGACCCGACAGUUCAUCGGCAGGUGCCUUGUCGCCUCCUCCAAGCGGCCGUCCGCGGCGGAGCUCUUGCUGGACCCUUUCCUUGUCGACGAUCAUGCCACGUCGCCUUGUGCCACGAUGCCACUGCCAGCUGCUCCCUUCACCUGCAGUGAUAUAGCCGAACCAUCGUCGUCGUCGGAUGAUCAGGACGUGGAGGAGGCAGAGCUGCCGGCAAGGACUGACAUGACCAUCACCGGCAAGCUGAACAGCGAGGAGGACACCAUCUUCCUCAAAGUACAGAUCGCCGAUGAGACAGGGCAUGCUCGGAACAUCUACUUCCCGUUCGACAUGGUGGGCGACACGGCCACGGAGGUGGCGAAUGAGAUGGUGAAGGAGCUGGACAUCACCGACCGGGACCCCUCGGAGAUCGCGGCCAUGAUCGAGCAGGAGAUCGGCAGGCUGCUGCCCGCCGGCAGAGAGCAGCACGAGUACACGUACGCGCACGAUGACGACGACGAAAACGAGGAGCAGCCUCCUCCAUUCUACUACCUCUCCUCUUCUCCCACCUCCUCCUCGGGGGGUUUCUCUGGCCCACACGGCGGUGGCUGGUCCAAAGAUCACUGCUACUACGCUUUAAGCGACGACGAUGACAUGAGCUCCAUGCACUCCGGCAAGUACUCUGCUACGCAUUACGACACCCCAGCAGGUCAGGAAGAAGACGGACAUGUUGGGACCAAGACGAAGACCACAAGAUUCAGCCCAGCAGGAGAGAUCAGCAGCAGCAGAAGCCCAAGGAGAGCAGAUACGCUGGCGCAGCAGCUGCAGCGGCAGUGCAGCGUGUCGCCGCACGAGGGCCGGCCGCGGCGGCGCGGCGAUGAGCGUCGCGGGAGGAUGACUCGGAACCGGUCGAUGGUGGACAUGCGGAGCCAGCUGCUGCACCGGACGCUGGUGGAGGAGCUCAACCGUCGGCUCUUCUUCAACACCGUCGGCGCAGUCGAGAACAUCGGAUUCCGCCACUGCUCGCCGUCGUCAACGCGUGAACGCGGCAGGAGAUGCAAAGACGAUAAGCAGCAGUACUACAUGCUUUGAGCAAUCCGAAUUCUCUUGUAAUAUAUAGGAGUAACAUCUAUGCAUGCUUGGCACAGAUUGAAGAAGGUUCUUCUUCCCUUCUGCCAUGUUUUAGCAAUGAGUUUUCUUGUAAAAAAUCUCAGACUAUUUUUCUCAUCGUUAGUUGAAUAAUUGAAUUUGCAUC